CGAAAGUGUACACACGUGUUCAUUACUAUACAUAUUAAUAGGUACUUGAAAAGCAAACCAAAUAUAGGUCGCUUGAUUUCGUUAUCAGCUGCAUGUUUAAAUGGCGAAUAAUGUAAACAGUUUGCUCUACAAACUAUACAGUAUGUGCAAAACGUGUCGCGAUUUGAAAACAACCAGGAUCUAACACACUCAGAGGCUAUUUAAGUGAUACAGAGGUGAAAAUAAAGUUACGAAAAUGGUGUUUGUAAAGCGUGCACAUGGAAGUUGGCUACCGAGUUUGUACAGAGUCGCUCUCACGAAGCAGUUCUCGACGUCAUCGGAGGGUGGUGGGAAAGUGUACGAGCUGCGGACGUACGUCGUUCAUCCACGUGACCAGCGCCAGUUCUUAGACCUCAGCAAGGAGUGGCUGCACCUGCGUUUCGCGCACUCGCGUUGCCUGGGUUACUGGACGUGCGAGCUGGGAGGCGGAAUCAACGACAUGGUGCACAUCUGGGAAUACGACUCACUGCAACACAGGGCGGAAGUGCGCCAGAAGCUAGCCGGUGAUCCGGCCUGGAUCGGGAACUACUUUAGCAAGAUAUUGCCAUGGUUACAACGACAGGAGAAUGAUGUACUCGCCUGCCUGCCCGGCACUGACGUCAAAGAGGCUCCAGGAAAAGGCGUCUACGAAUUGCAGCACGUGACCUGGUCACCUGAUCCGCCACAUGCCGCCUCCCUGGUGAAGAAUCUCGCCCGACCCGGGGCCACCCUCUUGGGCAGCUGGUACGCUGCGCUGUCCAAGCCGUACCUCGGAUGGUUGCUAUGGCACCAUAUCGAUCUUGACAACGUGCAUAAAACAGCUUUAAAGACGGACGAAACUAAUAAAUUUUACGUCAUUCAGUCCAAAGUUCUAACACCAACACCAUGGUCGCCAUUAAAAUAGAACUCCGCCAAUGAUUGGAACAUUUGCCAUUCAAUUUGGCUCCUUUGUGAUCAAAUGUAUCUUGGAAAUGUACGUUUGUUUAUACCUCGCUAAAUGUCUGUUUUCAUUGUUUUGUAAAAUAGAGUGUUCAAAGAGUAACGUGCGUGUUUGUAAUAGUGUAUACUACACGAUUCUUUUGCAACAUUACAUGUAUUGCAUAUGUGAAUGUAGGUUUUGCAUUUUAUUUGUUCGGUCAAGUUUGCUUAUAUUAAACAAUAUUUUAUAUAAUGUGUAAUGCUCCAUGUAAUGCUCCAUACAAAAUACGUAAAAUAAUAGCAUAAGAUAUGUGCAUAAUGUGUAAAUUUGUGUUGUACAGUUUAUUCGAAAAUAAAAGUAACAUCCAUC